GAUUGGAGAAAACCAUUACCACGUGAUUGAGUCUGUUGUACCCGGAAGAAUGACAAAUGUUUCUUGUUACAAGCCGUUUCACCUUUUAGCGCCUGUCGUUGGUUUUCCUGUGUUUUAACCAAAUAGCAUCAUGGCAUCCUACUUCGAGGAGCACGAUUGUGAGCCCACCAACCCUGAGGAACAGUACCGCCAGAACGCUCUACUUGAGCUGGCAAGGUCUCUCAUGCAGGGUUUGGACUUGAUGGACUCGGGGGACUCAUCAGACUGGAACCAGCGUCUUCCUCCUCCUGCUGCAAAAGUAGCUGUGCAGACGCUCAAUGUGGUGGUUAUUUCCCCUGAACAAGCAGACAAAGGCCUGAAGUGUCCUGUUUGUUUACUGGAGUUUGAAGAGGAGGAGACGGUUCGAGAAAUGCCUUGCAAACAUCUUUUCCACUCUGGAUGUAUACUGCCCUGGCUGGGCAAGACAAACUCCUGCCCGCUGUGUCGACUUGAACUACCAACCGAUAAUGCAGACUACGAGGACUUCAAGAAAGACAAGGAGAGAAGAAAACAGAGGGAGCACAGACUGGAGGACCUCCAUGGAGCAAUGUACACAUGACAGUGACCUUUCAACAUUACUUGAUAUUCAGGACGUUUUUAAGCAAGAGUCAAAGUACACACAUUCUAGCCUUCAAUAUGCAGCAUUGACUCAGUAUUGUUUAUACAAUUUCCUCUAAAGUAUAUAAUUUAUUAUAUAAAUGAUAUGACUUUUGUUUUUAUCAGUUGUCCUAGUUUCAUUCCAUACAUGUUAUUUGAAACUGUCAACCACAAUCCUUUACUGUGCACUAGUGCUGUAUUGUAUAAAUUAUGGAUUAUGCAUCUCUGCAACCCAACCUGUCUUUACAUGGGUUGUAUUCCCCCCCACAACUUCUGAAUGGGCCUCAUGGUGUGUUUUGUCUGGUUGUAUAACUAUUUUUAAAACCGCAUAAUGGUCUACUGUGGGCCUGCUGUACUAUACCGUCUAUAUCAGGGGUCUCAAACUUACAGCCCACGGAACAUUUGUAGGCUGCAGGCUGACAUUUUGCAGCCUUUUUCUUGACAUCUAAGUUUAAUGUUGGUGGGCACCCUCCUUUUUGCCCCAUUGUUGACCUGAGUGUCCCCCCCGAGGGAGGUUUUAAUAACGAUUGCGACACCCAGUCGCAAUCUUUAUUAAAACCUCCCUCGAAACGAAGGUUGGCAACGAGAAUAGCUGAUUUCAA